UUCGCGUUGGAGAAACUGUGAAAUUCGUUCUUUCUGCUUACGUCAUCGGGUGACAAAACCACUGGCUUCAAACACGGUGACGGGGAGUUGAGAAGUCAAUCUGGCUUCAUCUUUUGUUCAUGCUGUAGGCUUUUAUUCCGGAUAGUUUUCUAUCAUUUGUCAUUCCAUGUUUAUCUGCUGACAUUACUCUUCGGAUUUGGUGAUAUUAGUGUGUUAAACACAAGUCUUAAAUCUUUAUCUAAGUGGAAAGUUCAGUUUAUUUUUCGAAAGCUGCAUAAUGGUAAACAUGCACGGUUGGGACAGAUUGACGAGCGUCUGUGGGCUGGGCUGUAAGAUGUUCUUAAGUCCAUGGGCCCCGGUAGACAAGCCGUACGACGCAGUGGAGAAGGACGACGUUGAUGACGGUACAAGCUCACAGAGCCCCAUUACGUCAGAACCGCAGAAACCCGUGUGGUCGGACAUGAGUAUUUCAGCUCCAAUUGUGAGGAAUAAGUCAUCUGCAGGUCUUGCAACUUCCAGGGCCAGUAUCAGUAAUGGCUAUGAGAAGGUUUCAUCAAAGGUCGCAUCAAAGGAAAGUUCCCCCAAACCUGUACCAAAGGUUACUGAGAAGAGAAACAGUGUUGCUGACCUAAACGUCAGCACAGCAUCAAGUAAGGCUUUAAUCAAGGAGCCGAGAGAUUUGGCGGGAAGUAGGACCAGCCUAGCAGACGAUAAACGCGAGGUGAUGCAAAUGGUCACCACCGUCUGAACGGUUUGAAAGGUUGAGAUAGGUAACGUCAAGUCGUGAGUGAUGGUGCUAGCCACGUGAUUCAAAACAAGAUGAGGUCAAAUACGGUUGAACUUAGACAUUCGGGUUCGCCGUCCAACGACGGACACAUUUAUUGCAAGUGCUGAAAUACUAAUAAACUUAAAUACUCUCAAACAGGGGACGAAUAUAGUACUACGCAUAAACUUGAUUGAUUGUGAACGAAGCCGAUGACCUCCACAUUCAGCAAUAAAAUGAACCUAAGAACAACGAACUAUGUACAUAAACUACCCAAGAUAAGCUUAUUGUUAUAUGUGUGUGUCAUAUCCUAUUCAUAGAUAAUUUGGAAAUAUUCAUACGUAACAAUGCUCUUGGGGCCGCUUCAAAUGAGUUAAGUUUAGUCAUAAUUUGUAAUUAUGUAAGUGUCAUAGUUUCCUUGUUUUUUCUACUUAUUUGAGUGAAAUGUUCUUUGUAGCAAAACACAUUUGAGGAAACUAAAGUCAGACAAUGUGUUGCUAAUUGUGUUGUUUAUACAAAUCUAAGAGUAUUGACCAAAAUCCCUUAUUGUGAUAUAACAUUAAAACACACCCAGACGCUGUAUUAAUGGGGAUUAAUAUAUGCGGAGCCAGAAUGGGUCCUAUCUCAUAGAAGCUGUCACUGAUCAAAAUAGUAACGUAUGCCUGUGAUGUAUUUUAUCUUUUAAUCAUCAAUCUUUUUAGAAUGAGAUAUAUACAUAUUGUGUAAUGUAUGUUUUUACAAGUCACAGAUCUUGAUGCUCAUUAAGGUGAUAAUAAUAUAAUCAUUUUAUACACAGAUUAGGACUUUUAAUUGACUUACGUUAUCAGAUGUAACCACGAUGUAUUUUUGAUGCAGCGCAUACUUUUAUUAUUGAUGCCAUCUGUUUUAAUUUCUUUGUGCAAUAUAUUUCAGCCCUUUUUAACUUUAACUGGUUUGAGUUAUUUGUUUUGUUGUAUAUGUAUUUUUAUGUUCUGGUAAAUACCCCUCUUGAUGAGGAAGUUAUUUUUACGAAAAUCACCCUGGAUUAAUUCUUCUCAUAUAUCAGAUACCCGGUAUCAGUGUUUUAUCAGAAAUGACCUAAGGUACAUGGGUAACAUCGCUACUUUGCACCGUUUGAAGAAUUUCGAUUUGAUAAAUUAACAACUUUAGUAAAUGAUGAAAUGAAGGUGCGUAGCUUCCUAUAGGCCAUGUAGGCCGCGGCCUACACAUUUUUCCCCUAAUAACUCGUAACAUUAAAUGUACAUGUAUUAUUGUAACGUUGUCAAGUUAAGUUACAACGUCUAAUGCAUAUAUACCUUAAAUGAAAUGUAAGGAUAUUGAUGUUCUUGUAAACAUAGUUGCAAAAUCGAAAUAUAGACCGAAAAACACUUGUAUAGAAGUCGACCUACACAUUUUUGGCUAAGCUACGCACCUGAAUUAUUAUGUGAAUGAAUAAAUGAAGGACAAACGUUAAAUACUCAUAACUUUUUUAUGGAAAUAAGACGAUCUAGCUUUUCCUUUAAUGUCCUCUGUUACAACCGUUUCAUUGUAAUGUUGCUAUGUUCUGUUAGCUCGGUUAUCAGGAGAAUUAUCUGCAAGAUGCUUUAUGACCCUGGGUAGCCAAUUAAGCUCUUAAUUAAUGUAUUAUAUAUCUCGGGCAUUAUUCAUACAGUUAGUAGCCCUGAGGAUAUAUAUUUCCUGAUCUCGACCACCUGUUGGUGGGGCAGCCACGGAACGGGGAAGAUGGACUUCUCAUGUCAUAAACCUCCCAUGUAUAAUUGUGAAAUAAAGUAACUGUACUGGUCAAAACUACUGUUUCUGCACACAAGAAAUAACGAGAAAUUCUUCAAAGGAGGGGGACAUGAUUAGUAAGAAUAUGAUUAAAACGUGAUUGAUAUGUAAAAUAAAUUGCAUAAACAAUAUCAAGUCAUCAUGUUUUAGACUCCACCAGAUAGAAUUGUUAUCAAGCACAGUUUCUUUGUUCCGCAAGUAUAUUCGGACACUGUUGUCACCAUUAUAACGAUACAUAGUGUAAUAACAGAUAUAUGUUUUUAUUCAUAAUGCCUGUCACGUGUUUCACUUAUUCAUGUAUUUACACCAUUAAAUAAUUUUACAGUUUACUUGUAUAUAUUUCAUUAACUUGGUAUGCUAAACUAGAGUUUAGAAUGUCAGUAUCAGAUAACACAGUGAUAAUAAUGAGAAGAUUCCCUAGAUAAUUUGUCAAGCUGUCAUGCCCGACUUUGUCUAUUUUGAUUUUAUGCCAAAUUGCAUGCAGCCAAACCUGAAUGAAAUGUAAACAACUGUUGAAUAACAGUUGCUCUAUAAUGUACAUAUUUGCGAUACAUGUAUGAAUUAUUCGGCAAUUUGUCAUUGUUCAUACUUAAACAUGUUAUCAUUGUGAAAUAGUUGUGUUGAAAUAAAAUCUGGAAAACAA